UGCAAGUCCUUGUUGGAUUUCGUGUUCUGUCAGUCAGCGGCGCGAAAUGGGGCGCAAGACAAAACAAUCGCCGCAUGGCUGCACCACCUCAACGGAAGGACUCAGCCCCCAACCCAUAGACCACCUAAUGUCUGUCCUGAAGAAGCUGUGGGAAAAGAUUUUUCAGACUCAUCCCUUCAUUUGCCUACUGCUACGGCGGCCACUUUUGGAAGAAAUGUUGACGGCACAGCUGCAAGCUUGCUGUGAUAUGCCUAACCACGCCGUAACCUGUACAGAAUUCUAAUCCGAGACAUAUGGAGUUGGUAUAUGGAGUGAUGAAUGAAUAUACAGAUAACAGAACUAUGUGCAGAUGAUGGAAACCAUUUAAGAAGAUAGCCUUGAGCUCUCACAUCGUCUUCAGAUCACCACAUUCAUUCAUUCAUUCCAUUUACACAUUCGUUUUGAACAACCACACUCCUUCCAAUCAAGGAUUCAUUCGUUUUUACCUUCUACGAUCAUGAGGGCCCCACAUUCUUUAGCCCUAGCGGCACUUUUGGGAACUUUUGUUUCCGGCAAUUUCCUUCUACCUCGAGCAGCGAGCUGCGACUGGAAGGGAAUCUCUUUCGAUGUGAAGAUUUCGAAUGAGAACUUUUUCGGAGAACUGCCUCCAGCCAUGCAUCGAGCUUGUACCAGGUGGAUCAAUACAGACAACAUCAACGGCGUAUUCAGCGUUGCACCAUUCAAACUCAGCCACUCUGGGGCCAUUGGAGCUGCUAACAUCGAUGACUGUGUCUCUUCUUUGGAAUUUAUUGUCGAGCACUGUCGCAGUGAAGACUCCUACUACGGAGGCUCUACAGAAAGUCAUGGCGUCAGCUAUGCAAUUGAAGGAGUUGACUCUGGAUUGGUUACCAAGCUUGAAACACGUGGGAAAAAGGGCAAUUCGAAAGGAAAAGGCAAAGGCACCUCAGCUUUGAAAACAUCAGCCGCAAAGACAAAGGCAACAAAAACAAUGAGUUCAAAGUCUUCCGCAAAGUCUUCGGCGAAGACAGCAGGCGCAAAAUCAUCAGCCACAUCUCCUCCUAAGUCAACAGCAAAAUCGUCGGUGAAAUCAUCGGGAAAGUCCUCAGCAACGAGGUCCGUAAAGUCAACGGCAAAGUCUUCAGUCAAGUCCUCGAUAAAACCAUCUGCGACGACAUCAUCAACAGGACCCAACUGCAAGCCUAGAAAUGCAGCCUUCACAUCUGCUGCUAAAUCGAAAUCUGGAAGCAAAGCCACCGGGACCACAUCCGGGAAAAAGUCUAAGCAGACGGGAUCGGUGUCGAAAGCUGGGAAACGGGAUUCCGACUCAAAGCUUACUGGUAGGUCGGUAAUGCUCCAGCUGAUCAGGAAUUUUUCGAGAUCACUAGAGAAGAGGGGUGAGAAGAAGGUCACGUUGUGCAAUGGGUUUCUCAAAGCGAACGACUACCCUCGUGCUGGAGAACUGAAAAGUAGUCGUCCUGGGGUAACUUUGUUUGGAUUCGACAAGCAAAACAUUCUACAGUGGAACGAGGGAAAAGCUAACGAGGUGGGGCAAGUAGGACGAGGAGAUACUGAGCACGUUCUGGAAUGGCAAACCGUGGCCAGUUUCUUUGAAGAUCACCUCCAAAACAAGAUCGGAGAAACAACUCCAGUCUGCGAUGUUUUGCAGAAGUAUGUAGAUGGUAAGGGUAAGGGUAAUAAGUCACCGAAGCCACCGACAUUCGACAUCGAAGUGGAUGAUGAAGACGGCAACCGAAAAGUAUUAAGCGGGACAUUUUCUGAGCUUUUAGCCGAAGCAUAUCCAUCCAAGGGACGCUACGAGGAGGAAUUUGUGAUUCUUGAUUGGAAACCAAACGGUGUGAUCAAGAUGCACAUGUUCUCUGAUCUAGAUGUGGUCAAAGAAGACACUUUGACGCAAAGAAUGCGCCCGAUGAGGCCUUGGGCUACCUGA